ACAGUUCUGGGCCCUACCAGCAUGGAGGGGCAGCAUCACAGUCCCAUAACCCCUUUUUUAGCCAGCAUGACACCACCACAGCCAGCAAACCUCACCCCCUCCUCACAGAUUGGGGGUUGAGUGUAUGCGGGGUGGGGCUCGGACUGUUUUGAAGCAAAACUUUAGCUCUACAUGACUGUAAAAACACCAACAAACAAUGGACAGGAAACAGAAUCUGAACCGCAAUGAGACCUUCUCCUUCAUCAACCCCUGGAUCAGAUAUUUUCUCUUCUUCUUCAGCUUUCUAUUCUGGGUUUUCUCACUGUUAAUUGUUGCCAUCGGGGUGUAUGCUAAAGUCCAGAAAGCUACUGACACGGUGCGGGACACGUUCCUGAUCGACCCGGCUGUGAUCCUUAUCGUGGUGGGGGUGGUCAUGUUCUUCAUCACUUUCUGCGGUUGCAUCGGAGCCCUGCGAGAGAACAUUCGCCUCCUCAAGACAUUCUCUUUCAGCCUGACGUUUGUCUUCCUCACCCAGCUAGCCAUAGCCAUCAUGGGCUUCUUCUAUUCUGAACAGACCCAAGAUGCUUUGGGAAAGUUUGUGAAGAAAGCCAUCGUGCAUUACAGGGAUGACCUGGAUCUGCAGAAUCUGAUGGAUUACAUCCAGAAAGAGUUCAAGUGCUGUGGGUGGAACAACUACACAGACUGGUCUUGGAACCUGUACUUUAAUUGUACUCAUGAGAACCCAAGCACAGAGCGCUGUGCUGUGCCUUACUCCUGCUGCACUCCUGUUCCUGGAGAGACAGUGAUCAACACUAUGUGCGGGUUUGGGGUUCAAACCCAGAAAUACCUGGAUGCAAACAAGAUAAUCUUCCCGGUGGGCUGUGCCGACAAAGCGGUGUUGUGGAUCGAGUCUCAUCUGUUGCUUGUGGGGGCUCUUGCCCUUGGUCUGGCCUUGCCUCAGAUUGCAGGCAUCGUGCUGUCCCAGAUCCUGAUCUCUCAGAUCCAAGAUGAGAUUACCUCAGUGUUGUGAGAGCGGGCCGGCGCAGGGGAAGAAGAGGGAAGAAGAGAACGUACAUUUCUCUACUCAAUUCGCCUGAGACGUGCAAGGACAUCUUGUCUUAUGGCUAUUGUAUCACUGCAACAUUUGAGCACAUUAAACAUUCUAACCAUGCUGCUGCCUAAGAGUGUGGUGCACAAGUAGUCAUCACAAGCAGAGUGCGAAGGAGUGUAUAUCUAUUGGUUUUGAAUACUUUUUUUUAUAUUGCUCUUGACAUGAGGAUUAUAAUUCUGAGUAGUAUUUCACUUUUAAAUGUGGUGUUUGAUUAUAAGAUAUAAAACAAGGAAAGUUACACUGAUCAGUAUUGAUUAGAGAGAGAAAAGAAUAAACUCAGAGGCUAUAAGGCUAUUGAUCAUGCAAUUUAGCAAAUGCGUUUAAUAAAUGCUCGUAAUCUUGAGAAAUGUGUUAUAAAGCUUAAACAUGUCUUCAAUCCAAAAAAACAGUCUCAAAAUAUUUCAUUUAAAAACACUGAUGUGAUGAGUUGCAGAUGUGUUGACUACAUUGCCAAGUUUCUACUGUUAAAUGAGUUUCCUUAAACCGAGCAGUGGAGAUCAGAUUCAUUCGUGUUGCUUUAUGUUUUUUGCAUGGCGGGAACUGCCGUACGCAUCCUUGCGAUCCGUCUAGAUGUGAAGGGCCAGAGCUUUCUGCAUCAGACGAUCCGUCAGAGGGGAAUUUGGCCUCAUGGCUUCGCGCUCCACCAGAAGACAUCUGCAGAAACACAACAGCGCAAAGACAUAAACAAAGAUUUACAGAGACAAGCUUGCAUCCGACGUGAUCAAUAAUGAAAGUAUAACAUGGUGUACAGACAGCGGAUGAAGGUUACAUAAAGAGAGCAUACGGCUUGCAUGGAAAGAACAACUGCCGUAAACAACUAAAGAAAACUGGAGUGGACGGCGGCCCCUACAGAGACUAUACUGUAUCAUGUUGAAAUCCAAUGCAUCAAAAGUUCUUUCUUAUGUCUCCUAUAUUCUCUCAGCAGACCUUCGUAUGAAAGCAUCAAAUCCCUGUUGUGCAUUACCUUCCCAGUUUCUGAUGGUGCUUAUCCUCCGAUUUCAUGGCUGCAUGAAUAAGCAGUUGAUUGAAGACGUCCCUCUGUGAACAACAGUUGACAAACCCAUUAGUAAACACCACCCUGCUUCUGCACUGUACAUAAAGUCUUUCAACCCUUUUGUGCUAUACUAUAUGUACAUUGUUGCACCUAGGGGAUUGUUUUUCUGAACACAAAGAACAUAAAAUCCACAAAGUCCAUCAGCAUCCAUCACAGAUUCAUUAUUCAUACAGUGCAGAACAUCCUCACACCGUGUGGUGCUUUCAUGGACUGAAAGGCACUUUUGCAGAGCGUUCUUCACUUCUGGCCUAUUGCACAAUAACAGGGAUUAACUGAAAAAACACAAUGGAGUAUGAUCGAUAAAAUCCCAAGAAAAGACAAACAAAGUCUCAAGGCUGUACACUUCAAACAUUUUUUUGGUUUCUUUUUGUUUGCCUUUAGCUUACUAUAUCUACCCUUUUCUGUGGGACCUUACCUGUGCAUCACUGCCACCCAUAUUGACCAGGCGGUAGCGUAUAGGCAUAAGUAGGUCCACGGCAUGAUUGUAGUUGCCCUGGUCAUACUCCAUCAUGGCCUGAAACAUCGGUACACCGAUUGUCCCUCCCAUCUGAUGUUGCAGAUUGACCCCUGGCUCUCUGUGAAGGAAAAGAGAGGAUUAUAACUAGAGAAAAUAUAUUUCAUACUAUAGCCGGAUGGUUUAUAAUGUAGUGCACUAACAUCAACGAAAACUACAGAAAACACACUGCUAUAGAGUAUUAAUCUAAUGAACUGAAAAACUGUGAACGUCUGAGAAGGACUUCACUGUAAGGCAGAACAUCCCACACUGCUGUUGGGCUUUCUUGGAUGAGCUAAUGCUUACUCACUGCCUUUGACUGUUAGAGGAAGUUUGCAAUGGCAAAAUAUGGAUUAUGUAAAGCUGUGCAAUCCUUCCAAACCAAAGUAAUAAGAGUGACACGGUUUAUAGAAGAGUGAUGGAAUUAAAUAAAUGCAAACUUAAACAUGU